UAAACAUUAUCCAGUAAUUCUAAAGUUAUAACAUUGUAACAGUGUCUGUGGAUAUAUGACGUCGAUAUAUGACUGUCUUUAUUGUGAAGCAGGAAGAAGGGGAUAAGAAUGUUGCGCUGGAAUAAGUCUACGGUAGUUCUAUCGUGCACGAGCAUCAGCUGUCUGGUGAGUGUUGGGUUCAGGAGGACACACUGCUGCUAGGAUGCAGGAGCAGAGGAACAUUGUAGAUCAUCAGGCUUUCCUGGAGGAUGGCCUGAGAUCAGACGUGCUGCUCCAACACCAGCUGCAAGCAAUGAAGGAGGCCCACAAGCAGCAGCUGCAGGAGACAGAGAGGAGACAGGGAGAGGGCCUGAAGAGAAGAAUCCAGCAGAACUCUAUGCUGUCAGCAGAUGUCGACAGGUAGUCUAGUACUCCAGGACCUCCCAACAGGUCAGACAAUCGUAGAGGUCUAUCACAUCCUCUGCAGCCUGGGCAUCUGUCACAACUGUCACACAGAGAGGAUCACAGCAACUUCAGCAUCAAGGCCAACAGAAACAGAGCAGCACCAACUAAGUAAAGAGGAGAAAGAGGAGGUGGAGUGUCAGAGGAAGUUCUGUGCUGUUCCUGUGCUUGUCCAAGUGUUUUUGCGCCUCUAUGAUGCAGGUGCGACAGAGGGAGAGGAAGGAAGGCCAUGAACAGAGGAAGGACUUCAUGCUCUCCAUGCAGAAGCCCUUCAGCUUCCUGGAGAGAGAUGAGAAGAAGAGAGAGAAGCUGAUGGAGACCAUUUGAAAGAGGAGGAGCUGCGCAGGAUGAUAUGCAUCCAGCCGAGGGCCCAGGAGAACUUGAGGAAGUCCACAGCACCUAUAGAGAACCAAACUCAUACUGAGAACCCUGAACCUCACAGCUCCCAGCACACUAAGAAGGAGGUCCUGGCCUUCCUGGAUCAGACCACCUCCCAGGUCCCUGACUUAGAUAGGCUGCACAAGGCUUUCCACAGGGAAGCCUUGAGGAGGGCCGAGAGGAAAGAUGUGACCAAGUGUCAGCCCUUCCACCUGCGGACAUCAACCCUGCCCUCAAGAACAAGCAGGAGCAGCUCUGAAAAAGAACAAGAAUCCAUAGUCAGUGCCUUUUUGAAGAGAAGCAAUUCCUUUGGUGGUUUAACAUCGCUGUCUACAGAUACGCUUCCCACCUACAUUACAGAUGCAGCAAGGAAACGCCGUAUGGCCAUUAGAAGGUCUGUGGAGCAGAGGGAGAGCACGGAGCAGGAGAGUGCAGAGUUUAUGAGGAAACACAGGAUGAUGUCUCAGGCCAUGAAGAAGACAGUGGCUGUCCGUGCCAAGGUCAUGGACCCUCACAGCAGCCUGAAAGAGCGCAGAAGCUGAAACAGCACUGCGAGUCUGAGCAACAAAGGAUGAAAGAGUAUAAGAAGGAGCUACAGGAUAUGAAGACCAGAGUCACUGACCAUCCUUACCUCUUUGAACAGGUGUCACAGGUAAACUAUGGGCUUGCAAUGACCUGGAAACUACAUGUAUGGAAUUGCAAACACUUGAGAAGAGCCUUUGAACUGUUAACUGCCCCUUUUCUAUUCCAUUGCUUUUGAUGGAAUUGCUCUAGAAACACGCAGAGCGACCUACGCAGAAGCUGGUUUGAAUGAGAGUUUGAAACGACACGAUCUUCAAAUCUGAUGACGAUUGUGAUGACCAAAGUAUUGAGAGUAACAUGGAGAAAAGUGGGGUGAACAAAUCCACAGCGCUGGAGAGAGAGCAUAGCGGGAGAGAGAAAGGGGGAGGGACAGAGACAGCAGUCAGUGUGACAGAUAAGAGCGGCGGAUGACUUGUCUCUCUCUGAAUGCACCGUGAGCAAGAGAGCAAUUUCCAGGUGGGUCGUCAGAGGUUUCCCAAGCCGAGUCUACAACAGUGUAAUGGGUUGCCCAGACCGGAGGCUUUUCCUCUGAUCCUGCAAAGAGGUUGGCGUAUUCCUGCAACGAGAACUAGUCCUCACAUUGAGCGACCCUGGGCAUGGAGAAGCUGACAGAGAAAGAGAAGGAGCUGAUCCGAGUCAGCUGGGAGAGUCUUGGCAAGAACAAAGUUCCACACGGAGUCAUCAUGUUCUCCAGACUGUUUGAACUAGAGCCUGCACUUCUCAACCUCUUUCACUACAACACAAACUGUGGCACCAUACAAGACUGCCUCUCCAGCCCUGAGUUCCUGGACCAUGUCACAAAGGUAAUGUUGGUGAUCGAUGCAGCAGUCAGUCACCUGGACAACCUCCAUACCUUGGAGGAUUUUCUGCUCAACCUGGGGAAGAAGCACCAGGCAGUCGGGGUUAACACCCAGUCCUUCGCUGUGGUGGGGGAGUCCCUUCUCUACAUGUUGCAGUGCAGUCUGGGUCAGGGGUACACAGCCCCGCUGCGUCAGGCCUGGCUCAACAUGUACACCAUUGUAGUGGCGGCCAUGAGCAGAGGAUGGGCCAAGAACGGAGAACACAAGACUGACUGAAACAUACGCUUGGGGUCUGCUACCAGUUGCUGUCUAAUCACCCUCAUGGUUGCUAUGGAGUAAGGUUGUAUAACUCACAGCAUAAAGGUUUGAUUGCUGUAUAUGGUGAACGAAUGGCGUUAUCACACUUGACAUAACAAAUAAUGGUCGAAUCACCUGGUGUUCAGAGUUAACUGUUUUUGCUGUGGAUGUUGUAGCUGCCAGAGUGCUGCUAUAACAUUGUGGGGAUGUUAUGGGUCAACCAGACCUUUGGUCUGCAGUUUGAGUUCCUCAUAUUAGAGGAAGCAUAGGGUUAAAUUAAGGUAAUAACUGAAAUUGCUCUGUAAAUAAUGCCUUGAUGUAUCUACUCAAAUAAUUACAUUGAUUGUGGUGGUUUUUGUGAUGUAUCUUAGUCACACAAUUGUCAAACACUGGCUAUAUUGGCUGUAUUACUUGGCUGGAAUGGGCAGCUACAAUAUGGGCCCUCUCCCAAAUCAACCAGUGAUAUAGAAACAUUGUUCACAAAAGUACAGUAUGUCCAAGAUUAUUGUUUAGAGUGAUUGUCAUGAUUCUAUAUUUAUAUCUUUGAGUUAGGCUAGGGACCUGAUAAUGGCACAUACUAAUGCUCUCCUUUCUUUGUGUGUGUCCAUGACCUGGAGUGUAACAAUCCUUAGAGGUGAACUUGAUUCUUAAAGCCAUUGGUAUUAUUAACAAACACAUUACUUUUGAUGAUGCUCAAUAGAAAAUGACAAGAACUGUUCAUGUAUUCUAAAGCUUUUCUAUGUGACCUCUAUGACUGUUAGGGUGUCCAUGUGCACCUUUGUCUGAAAUGUGUAUGUGGCACUCUCCUCUCCUCUCCUCUCCUCCGACAGUAGAGGUUGUAAAGCUCACGUUGCCAUAUGCGUAUUACCAUAAUAUUUCAAUAGGCUUCAACUGACUGUUACUUAUUCUAAAAUAAAUGGUUAUUCUCCUCUCUUGAGUUCUAGCUAAUUGAUGUAAUGGAACUCAACAGUAGAUUAUUUGCUUGAGGGUCUUUGGGCUUGACUUAGUUUAGGCUCAUUCAGUUUUCACUAAUUGUAAAUGUAAAGUGGUGUUGAACCACACACUGUAUCUAUAUAUUGUAAAUACUGCUAUCAUAUGUUGUAAACAGGCAAGAAAUAUAGUAGUAAUCUAUUUAGGCUUUUUGGACCCAAUAGGUAAUUGACAAUUGGGGUGGCAGGGUAGCCUAGUGGUUAGAGCGUUGGACUAAUAACCGAAAAGUUGCAAGUUCAAAUCCCAAGCUGACAAAGGUACAAAGGAUCUGUCGUUCUGCCACUGAACAGGCAGUUAACCCACUGUUCCUAGGCCGUCAUUGAAAAGAAGAAUUUGUUCUUAACUUACCUAGUUAAAUAAAGGUAAAAAAACAAAGCCAGGAUUUAUUCAGACAUUUUUUCUUCCCUAUUUAGCUCAUAGUUAAUUAAGAGCUUGGAGUAUCUUUCUGUGGACAACCGUAAAGCAUUUAUUGAUAAACAAAUUUCACUACAUCCAACCUGAAAUAGUAAGCAAUGAUAGUUAGAGAUGAUAGAGAUGAAGGUUAGAGAUGAUAGAGAUGAUAGUUAGAGAUGUGUACGUCCUUUUUACUGCUAUGAACACAUUUACCUAUAUGCUCCUAUACAGUGUGUAUCAUUCGUUAUCUUCCUGUACAUUGAAAGUCACAAUGCCAAGUUAGCUAUAAUACACCAAGUAUUUGAUAAUAACACUACACUACUAUAUCUCCAAUCUGCUGAUAUGUGGUGAAUAUUGCUUCAGUCUGAGAUUACUUUUAUACAAUGUAUUUUUGUAUUUUCAAGUGUUUUACGUAUGUGAAUGACUAUAUGCCAUUGCAAACACAGUUUUUCCAAACUGUUACGUUAACCACAACAUUUAUGUCAAAUCCAUGUCUUUUUCUUUUAAUUUGCAGCACAAGGCUGUUAAGCAUUUUAAAUAUUGAUGAGUGAGCUUUAAUCCUUAAGUCAUGAUAAAUGUAAGAGAGACAUUUCUCCUCAAUCAGUAUAAUUGCCAUAUUAUCAAUGUGUGAUCCCUACAAGGAUGUCUGUUGGCAUUGAGUACACAACCAUUUCAUUACCAUGUCUAAAGGAGAUCUCACUUUAUCUUUACUUUCAAUCACCUGUGAGCUUUAUUUUCAGGCUAUGGCAGCACUACUAAUUCAGAUUUGUUCCUCUCUCCCACUUUCCAACUAGCAUAAUGAGUUUCCCUUACCAGAUUAACCCUUAUCCUGAAUCAAAAAGCAUUAUCAAUAGAGAAUCUACAUUGAACGUGCUUUUUAGUUCAAGAAUAAGCUUCAUCUGAGUCUAGGAAACCAGACCUAUGAGUUGAACACAUGUUCUAAUAUGUCUAUACAUGGCACUAGGCAGAUUGCUGUGUGUAUUGUCUCGAUUUCAAAGAUCUGAGAGUAGGCCUGUUUUGCGUGUGAUUUGCAUUGGUACAUUUAAAUAACAUGAUAUUCUGUUUAUGAGUGUCUCAAUGUCUACCUCGUCAACUCAGCUGCGAACAGCAAUGAUUUCAACUAUCCUUUAACCAAAAACACGUGACACUUAAUGCAAAUACAUACUCCCUCAACCAAACAGCUCGUAAAAUGGACCCCAUCCUAUACUUAUGUAAUGUGUUGUGUGCUUACUCAAUUAAUAGGAAAUAAAGGUGAUCUUUUGUGGACAUACUACUGA